GACGCCCGCUCAAGCGCGGCGUUCCCAUCGAGCGGACUCGGACCUGGGUGCGCCGGGAGGCAGGAGGCCGCGCCCGCACCAGCAUGUUCCUGCGCGACAGGAACCUCCCGCGCACUGCCGCCAACGACGGGCGCCACAUCGAGGUGGCAGUCGACGGCUUCCCUGCCUACCAGGGCAGGCAGCUCGACGCCUGCAUCGUCUCCCCGCUGAGGGCCACAGGCAGGCAGAUUGCGCAGAGGCUCUGCCCCGGACUCGCGCUGAAACGGGCGAGGCGCCGCAAGCAGACGACUUGCCCUGAACCAGCGGGCUCGCGGCGGGGCUACCUGAUCGUAGCCGGAGCAGAGACGGGCGGCUGCUGGGACGAGGAAGCGCACACACAAGCGCCCCGUUACCCUGGCCCGAGCCCGGCGAGGAGCGCGCCGGCGGCGAUGCGAGGGUCGCUCGCGACCGCGCAGCUGAACAGGUGGAGCGGCAUGUUGGCGCGCGCCAUCUUCGACGCCCUUGCAGUGAACCUGCUCGAGGACUCUGUGAGAGUGCAGCAGUUCGUUGGCGUGACCAAGGUCGGCGUCUUGGCCACGGAGGCGAUACUCAAGGAGGAUGGCUUCAAGCUGUCCAAGGUGCGCAUCUGGGUGGCGGGCCCCGACUUCCCAACGAGCGUGCUCUGCGGCAUACUCCGGCUGGACAUUCCCCAGAUGCUUUUUGGUACAGUUCCAGUGAUCUUCGAGAGCAUCAUCCCGCACACCCUCGUAGGUGUCUUGCUGACAAAGGAGGGCGCCACUGAAGGAAUGUGGAGUGUAAUCGCCACUGUAGCCACAGGGCUCGCUGCUGCUUGCCAGGCAGGCACCACCCUCGCCUUCGCCUACGGCAUCAUGCAACGAGUCGAUGCGUCGGUGGAGGAGCUUCCGAAAACGCAUCGGCCAGAGCACGACGAGGUGCGGAAGCUUGUGGAGAAGAAGGCGGAAUACGUGAAGGUAUACGGCGAAGUAUCCGAUUGGGGGCAGAUGGGCACACCCGCGCGCGCGACGCUCCCGGUGACUGCGGCGCUCUUCUUGCUCUCUGGCUCCAUCAUCGCCCUCGACGCAGUGGUCGUGGAGAAGAUCGGCUUCCGGGAGUUCUACAUCACGGACAGCAUCGAGAGCCGCCACGACCUUGGCGGCCCGGACGGGAACUUGCUCAGCGUGGUCCUCGCGCCGUGGGGCUGGCGCGCACUCGGCCUCGCGGCUGCUGCGCUCGCGCUGCACCUCGGGUUCGGGCAAUGGCUGGCGGCCUCGGCGCGAGCUGCACUGAGCGGGCCCGGCCACAGUGAGCCGCCCGAGCCCAGCCACAGUGAGCCGUCGGGCA